GGCCCAUUCCUCUUUACCAAUGCGUCUACUAUGGGCUACUAGUUGGAUUUAAGUUGCUGGUUAUUGCAGUUGUCGCAAAUGUUAGAAAACAAGCAGAUAAGCUAAACGACAUUGCUUUGAACGGUCACAUUCAGCCUAUGAAACCAUACAAAACUUUAGCAUCACAUAAAAAAGAAGGCGACGAAAUCUCGGUACCAUUUACUACUCGGAAUAAUACGAAGGGAAAUAACGUUGUAAACUUUCAAGUAAAAAAGUAGCAUAAAAAAUAAACUGUCUAAUAUUUUGUGUAAGGAAUCUGUAAGUUUAAAAAUAAUUUAGCAUUUAUGAAAAUAGUGCACCAAAAGAGGCACACAGACAGAGUAAGACUAAUUAUUAUGAUGAUUAUUAUGUUGAAUUCAAUAUUUGUAGCUGCUACCAUAAUUACAGCGUCUCAGACUGUCUAAUAUAUUUGUCGGAAAAUGAUUAAAAUUACCAUUUUCAAUAAUUAUAAAAGGUGGUCUAAUGACCUUAAUGAUGUGAAGUGAAAGCUUUUAGGUUAUGAAUAUUAAAUGUCUAAAUAUGACACUUUUUCUCAUUUUCAUACUUUAUUUUCUUGCUGUUAAGCAUCCAGUCAAGUUCAAACAACAUGCACAUUUCAAAGUUUUUGUGGUUUUUCAUACUUGUAAUUGGGUGCAAAAGUUUAAACGUUAGAAAUUCAACAAGCUAUUCAAAAGAUGAACACGACGUUUCAACAAGUAUUUUCAAACUGGAAGACAAGUCAGAUAAUCUCAAUUAUUUCACUCAAUUUAUUUUAAAAAAUCUUGUAAUUUCGAUUUUUGGUUUUAUGUAUCAUCAGGACAUUUUUUAACUUUACUUUCAAACCUACAACCACCCAAACCCCUACGACAAUGGCAACGACAAUGACAAUGGCACCGACUCAGCCUCCAAAUGGGACGUGUGUUUGUGGGACAGGUGCAAAACCGAAUAUUACAUUUACGGCUAGGAAACAGCUUUCAACUGAGGAACAUUUCGAUACAAUUACGGAUUCCGAUAUGGACAAGAUUGACUCAAGUUUGCUAGAAAAACAAAAUGACGUCCGUAUCGUUCAAGGAGCACCCUCCAAAGAAAAUGGGUGGCCGUGGAUGGUCGGGCUGAUUCAAGGUUUUAGUGGGAGUACAAACACGCCUCAAACCCUCAACCAGUUCUGUGGGGGGACGCUCAUAAAUUCGCAGUUUGUCGUUACGGCUGCCCAUUGCUUUACUAAUUUAACAACAUCUCAAAUUAUAUCUCAAGUGAGCGUCCUCCUUGGAACGAGUUCAAUCGCUUCAAAUGUAACAUCAAGAUCCAUCGCACGGCUCAGUGCGGUCAAUAUUCAUUCUCAAUACAAUAGCACAACAUUUGAUAACGACAUAGCAGUUCUCAAGCUUGCAGUACCCGUUAAAUUUUCAAGUACAAUUCGACCAAUUUGCUUGACUCAAAAAGGGGCACCUUUCAACGGUAGUAAGGCAAUUGUAGUAGGCUGGGGAACGGCAAAGAAAGCUUCUGACCCCAAAACAGCACCGGGACAAAAAUGGUUGAGAGAAGCUGUAAUGCAAGUAAUUCCAAAAUGUCCGGGUGGAACUAGAAGAAUGAUCUGCGCUCUUGGUUUAAGUCCAAGUGUGAAUGUGUCAUCGCCAUGUUUCGGUGACAGCGGUGGUCCACUGAUGGUCUAUCGACCAACCUCGAAGACUUUCACUCUGAUUGGCAUUGUGUCAAACGGCAACCCACCCUGUGGAACUGGAAAUCCCAUUUUCUUCACACGCGUUGGAAGUUUCAUCAGUUACAUUAAAGGUAUCACAAAUGGGACAUCAUCUUGUUCUAAUCCUCCAUAAAAAACUUUCCGCCCAGCUAAAAGUUUGAAUUAUUUAACAGUGUAAUUUUGAAUGAAUUUCAUUUUAUAGUAUUUAACAUUUAAAUCUGUCAUUGAUUAUUAUUGAUUAUGAAAAUAAUUGUUUUCCUUAUUUAUAUAAAAAAUUAAAAGAAAAGUACAAUGUCAAAAUGAGAAUAAUUUUAUUCUAUUUUCCCAAUAAAAAGGUUCUGAAUCAUA